UUUUUGAGCUGCACCUCCACUACGCGACCGCGUUGCUCGGGACUGUGACCAGGACUAGUGACGAGAUUCGCCGAAAGGCCAGCUGCGAUUCCGGCCGCAAACAACAACCCUGGAAGCGCCGCGGGCCUGAUUCGUGGCAAUUGGAAGCAUCACAAUCCGUCGUCACAGGAUGCGAUAGAGAAGCGGCCGAUCGCAGUGCUCCACUCGGCCCUUCUCCAGGCCUCCGGGGCAACGAACAAUCCAACGCCUAACAUACAUACAUUGCGAGUCCAUAUCUUGUCCACCAUCUCGACUAGCCGAUAUGGCACCGGCAUUUGACUAUCCCGCGUCCGAGAGCUCUCGCGCCAGCUCAGGAAGCCCAGCUCAACUGGAAGGGCCACUGAACGAUGAGAUUGCGGACCUCGAGACCACAUACCAGGAGAGCGCCAUUCGGGCAGGUGAGGAGGUCGACUAUUUUGCCGCCCAGCUCGACCGUUACAACACCGGUUCGGCAGGGUCUGCAGCCGAAAAGCGCGCUCAAGUCUUCCGGCUCGUCGACUCUUACUACACAUACACUCGCAGGAGGGCCGACCGAUUACGCGAGCGCCAGCCACGGGAGCGAUCGGUGCGGGGAGGAAGCUGGCAGAGGGGCGGUUCGACGGAUAUGGACAUUGAUGAAGUCGACAAUGGCAACAAUUCGCUCCCUUCUGAAGAGUUGCGCCGUGUGGAGGAGGAGGCGCAGACCUGGGACCUUCUCCGGCGGAUCCUUCCUUUACGAUACCGCGAUCAGGCCGCGUUGCAACCAAGGAAUGUGGACGACGUCUCGACAAGGAGUCGUAGGCAGUGGUGGAACGAAUUCCUGAUUUCCGACUCGGUUGCGCGAGAAAGAAAGGUUGUUUUGGAGUGGCUCCAGAGCGGCGCGAGCUACGGACCGCCUAUCGACGAGGUUGUCAGCGAGCUGCAGCAGAACGCUGAUAGAGGCGACAUCCUGGCUCAUGGCUGGCUUCAUACUCGCCAUAAAAUCAAGCUGCAGAAAAGCGUCAACGGCUACCAGGGGGUGUUGGAUCCCCAUGACCCCGCUGCCGCCCAAGCACAUCUUGGCUCCAAUACACUGGUCACCCAACUAGAUCCGGACGCUGUUACCCGGCAGGGCCGCAAGCUAGAGCCCCAGGACGAGUUCUUUGAGCGCGCUAUCUGGCUUGGUUGCUUCGAGAUGCUUCGCCGGGGUUGCUCCAUGUCUGAGAUUAGGGAGUGGUGCGCGGAAAGGACAGAGCUGUGGAGGGCUGCAUCAAUCGCCCCCCUGCCGCUUUCCAAUCCAGAGGACGAGGAGCAGCCGGAUUUUGAGCCGAGCUCACUGGUGCUGUGGAGGCGUAUGUGCUUUGCCGCUUCCAGAGACGGGGGAACAGGCGAGUACGACAGGGCGGUCUACGGGUUACUGGCCGGCGACAUUGCUAGUGUGGAGAAGGUGUGCAAGUCCUGGGAUGACUUCCUAUUUGCACAUUACAACGCACUCCUCAGGACACAGUUCGACAUGUACCUUGCCAAGCACGGCGGGGUUGCUGCCGCCAAAGCUGCCGAGCAAUUUCCCUCCUUCAACGCAGUGCUCCACCACAGCGAUCCGAUGACGGUUAGCAAACGUCUCAUCGCUUCUCUGGAGGCAGAUUCAAGAACCAGGAAAGAGGCGCUGCGUGCCUCAAAGGCGCUGCAGGGCGCCAUCGUGGCAAACGAUGUCGACCGGCACUUGUUUCACCAAGGUAUCGUGCUCUCGAGGCACGCAAACCAGAAGCAAAAGUCGAGACUGAUUCAUGAGGUGCCUCUCCCUACGCUGGAGACUUUCUGUCAAGACAAGUUCUUUGACCUGGCGGAUCACCAUGGCCUCCGGGUCUUGGCUCACGUUCUCAUCAUCAUCUCCACCCUCGACCGUCUCGCCGGCUUCGCCGAGGAGAAAGGUGCGCUGCAGAUCCGGCACCGGGCACAAGAGAACAUCAUUGCGGCGUACAUCAGCUACCUCCGCCUUGCCAACCUGGAGGAACUGAUCCCCCUAUAUUGCUCUAAACUUUACGGCGCCCGGCUGUACGAGACGCUGAGUCGGAAUCUUAUUCAUAUUGUUGACAACGACGCCCGGGGGCACCAGCUUACAAUCAUGAGGAAGCUCGGACUCGACCUGGCCGAGUUUGUGAAGCGUCAACCAGAAAUCUACUUAGAUGACGUUCAGGACAAGACGCUACGUUGUGAGGCCAAGGGGCGGUUCAAGAUCCUCGAGGAUGGACCAGCGACUCUCAAGUAUGGUCGGCUCGUGAAACCAGAUUUCUUUGGGGAAGACGCCGAGUUCGUUGACCAGGAGGACGACCUGAUCAUCCGCGCUAUGGAGUGGCUCAUGCUCGUUCCCGGCCAGUUCGUGGAAACAUGCAACUAUGCCAUCCGGAUUUACAAAUAUCUGCUGAAGCGGACACGGCUACGCGCCGCACGCGCCUUCAGCGAACGGGUGCCCGGACGGGAGAUCAUUCUGGCUAAGUCGCCCAUUCACGUGAGGGACGCGAGCGAGGAUCCCGGUCCUGGCUGGUUUGAGGAGUUUGCCAACAGUGACUUUCCGGCCGAGUUUUUGGAGACAUGUCAACUGAGCAAGGACAGGCUCAUCACGCUUGUGCGGAAUGUCUGGGAGCUCGAGUGUCUCGUACGCGCUCUGGACUCGAUGGAGACUCUGUCGUCGUUGGCUGGACUCAGCAGGGAGGAAAACAGUACGUCCCGCGAGAUGUGGCAGCACACCGGCCAAGAGGUUCGGUCAGCGAAGGCAUGCAUGCAACCGGUCCUGAAGAAUUGGCUGCUGGUCUCGAACGAAGCGGACAAGGACUUUCAAGAACUCCGCGAGGCAUAUAUUCCCGAGACAGUGCUGGCCUAUAUCAGCUGCUUGCAUUUCGCCGGCACAUCUCUUUCCCGGGACAAUCUCCUGGAAUGCAUGGAGCUCGCGGCCGUGAUUGCCGAGAAGGACUCAGAUGUGGCCAAGGAGUUUCUGAGAUGUGGCAGAAUGAAGGAACUUGUUGAGGCCUUCGCUUCAUGUAGCAAAGCACUGGCGAUUUGGACGAGCGACAAGAAAGGAUCGCAGACAAAUUCGAAGAAAAUCAGGGAAUUGGGAUGGUCGCGAGAAUUGUGGUCAGUCAAGCCAUGAGCAACGAUGACUUCGGCGUCCCGGGUGGAAGUUGGGCUGGACUGGACAGUGACCAGGACUGGACGGUGCGUCCCCUUAGCAAGAUGGGAUCGCAAAGUCCGAAUUGUGGAUUGAAGGUAGCGGCCAUUCCAUUGGCUCUGCGACAGCUGGGGGACGUCGCA